CAAAACGGCUUCUCCUCUGAGCACAAAUCAGAUCACAGCAGCACAGCAAUCCCACCAGCCAGCUCCUGCCGUCAGCCAAAGCGAAGUACUUGGGGGGCCUCGAGCUGUGCCAAAACGCCGAGGCUGGUGCCUGCGGGGCUGUUGCACGGGAGCAGAGGUGGGGUAGGGGACGGGAGGGCACGGGACGGGACGGGAGGCUUUCCCCAGUGCCGGGGGCAGGUGCCGGCAGGAGGGCGGUUGUGCCAGGGCGGAUCAGAGAGCGAGGUGGGAGGCCGCCCGAGGCCCAAGAUGUCCUCUGACAGUGUAAGGCAAUAUCCAGAGGUGCUGAGUAAAAGGGGGCGAUUAUGGGGCAGAUGCACGGCGAGGGAUGGCGCCAGGUAAGAGGAGGGCUGGGAAGGGAGGGCGCGGAGGCUGGGAGGCAGGUGGAUGGAUGGCCCCAUCGGGAAGGACCGGGAAAGCAGUCUCCAUCGGCAGGAGGAGGGACGUGGGCAUGGUGACUAAACUUCUUGUAAAAGGGGGUGGAGAAAGGAAAGGGAGGGACAAGAAGAGGGGGGGAAAAAAAAAAAACCUGCAUGUCAAGUCUGAGGAAAUGCUGUGGGAACUACAGCCAGGCACCCUUUUUUUUUUUUUUCUCUCUCUCUCUUCUUCUUCUUCUCUCUUCUCCCCGCGUGUAGCUGAGAGGAAGGAAAGGAAGAAAGAGAAGUAGCUAGCUCAAAUGUGCCUCACUCUGCUGCCGGGGCGCGGGGGCUUGGCUGGAAGGAUCUAGUUUCUCUUUGGUGGCAGGAAAAGCAGCCGCAGGAGGAGGCAGAGACGGACACCCAGACAUGCCCGUCCCGUCAGGCUGCUGGCUGCUUCUCCUUUGCCUCGCUGCCGCUGGCAAACAGUUGUCACUACAAAUCACUCCACCGUGUGAAAGCGAACAACACUAUGAACACUCUGGACGGUGCUGCACAAAGUGUGAGCCAGGAAAGUAUAUGUCUGCUAGAUGCACUGGUACUUCUGACAGCAUGUGCCAACCGUGUGGCCCAAACGAGUAUAUGGAUGUCUGGAAUGAAGAAGAUAAAUGCUUACUACAUAAAAUAUGUGAUCAAGGGAAAGCUUUGAGAGAAGUGAACCCAGGGAACAGCACGUUCCAGCGGCAGUGCGCUUGUACAAUGGGCUACCACUGGAAUGAAGAUUGCGACUGCUGUCAGCGAAAUACCAUAUGUGCUCCAGGAUUCGGAGUUGAGCGUCCUGUGCAACAAGACAAGGACACGAUGUGCACACCAUGUCCCAGAGGCUACUUCUCAAAGGUUGCUUCAUCCACCGACGAGUGUAAAUCCUGGACCAACUGUACAGCUCUAGGAAUGGCAGAAACAGUGCCUGGGACUGACAAGUCGGAUGCAGUUUGCGCAGAACGGAAGAUGCCUGAGCCAUCGGAAGAUGGAACAAACAAGAUCUUAUAUGUGUUGAUUGUCAUCUUGUUUUUUGUGGCACUAAUUGGCAUUGUCAUCUUCAUCGUAUACUACAAGAAUAAGGGAAAAAAGCUGACAGCAGAUCUACAGAAUUGGGCUAACGAAGUGUGCAGCCAAAUAAAAGGAACAAAGGAGCCGCCCAGAGAUGCAUUUGUUACCGUGAACAUCACGAAUGCGGCUGUCCUCCAGACCUCUGAAGGCGUGUGUCUCCUGGGCCCCGCUGGCUCUUCUACCUCUGGAAACUCAUGCUGCACCAGCAGCCACGCUCCUUGCAGGAACGGCAGCCCCAGCACGGCACCGUGUGAGGUGGGAGGGAGCCUCCAAGAGUUUUCUGUGGUAACUGAAACUGAUGAUGACCAUUUCCCACCAGUUCCCACAGAGGAUGAAUACACGGAUAAGGAUCUCAAUACCGCUGAUUAUUUAUCUUUACUGAGUCGGACUGCCAGUAAAACAGUGUCGUCAUUUUCAGAACCGAUGGAGGCAGGGGAGAAUGACAGCUUAAAUCAGUACUUCUCAGGGAUUGGGAGCACAGAGGACGUAUCAGUCUCUCAAGGUUCCCGCCCUUCCUCUGACACAGAUGGGGCACACACUGCCACGGACAAACUUCUUCAGAAAUCUUGCCAACAUGCCCACAGUUGCCUGAAGGAAACGGGCAACAAAGACACAGAUCGUUUUACAACAAACUAUGACUCAGAGAAGACCUGUGUGAGAUGUGGCAUUUUGUACAGGGAAUCUCCCAGAAAGUGGAGCAAGCCCUGUUGUGCUGUGACUGACAGUGCCUCCACCUCCCCAGAAACUGGAUCCCAUGCACAGUGCACCUGUGGCUUGAAUUUUCUCUCUGCUGGUCAGAGCACUCUAGCAAGUGAUCACAGUAUGGAAGAUGCAUCUUCAGAUUGUACCAACAUGAAGUACCAGAACACAAACAGAAGCACUUCAGGGACAAAGAGCAGCACUUCAGACCUCCCUCCAGCAUCUGGAAAUGUGACUGGAAACAGUAACUCCACCUUUAUCUCAAGUGGACAAGUAAUGAAUUUCAAGGGCGACAUCAUUGUUGUCUACCUUAGCCAAAACUCCCAGGAGGGGGCAACGGCCUCGGGGCUGAGCGAGGAGAACGUGGGCAGCCCUGUGCAGGAGGAAAACCUCAGCCGCUGCGAGACUUUUGCCGGCAACGCCCAGCACUACAAGGAGAAGUGUGCCGAGCUGCAGGGCGUCUGCCCGGUGAUGGGGAGCCGGGGGCUGCGGCGAACCACCGGACGCCUGGCCCAGGAGCAGGGCCCAUCCUGCCGCAGCCAGGCCUCGCAGCCCGUGCAGGAGGAGGGGAGGCUGGGACACUUCUCGGAGAAGGUGUUGAACUGAGGCGAGAUGGUGUCCUUGCUGCGGGCCGGGGCACCAACGGGCAGCCCGCAAGAGUGUGGGGCUGCUGCGGGGCUGCUGCGGGGCUGCCGAAAUCCCGAGUGUCGCGACAGAUUUGGAAACUGUUGCUGCCCCUGGUGUCUCCUGGGAAAUUUUACAGCUGGAAAGGACCCUUGUGGCGCACGUGCCAGUGGUGGUGGUGCUCUCGCUGAGGAGGUUACCGGUGGGGACAGGUGCACGUGUGAAGCCAGGCGUGCUGCCCCCAUUGCAGAAGCAGGGGCAGAGUGCUCUCCUCUCCCUCACGGGGUGGCGGGCUCCCCGCCUGCCCUCUGCUCCCUGGCAUCUCUCCCCUGCAAGCAGCAAGGGAGAGUUGAGGAGAUCCUUCAGGCCGGGGACUUUGCGAGGAGAGCAGCGUUGCUGGCCAGGUGCGCGGGGUGCUCCUGGAGAGGGGACAAUGUGGUGGAGGACCGCACUGAAAGGGGCCCCUGAGCUCCCCUCGGGGUUGGGGUUUUUUUGCAGCUAAAGUUCACCUAUUUUGCUGGGUCUUGGGUCUCCUCAAUGCUUCUGGUGGUGGAAGGAAGUGGCGGCCACAUCUGCCACUCAGCCUAGUGCCGCUGCUUACCUUCACCUCCCCACGGGGAUUGGGCAGGUGGUGUCAGCCCUUCCCAUCUUUCCCCAAGGGAGCAGAGGCUCCAGUCUCAAAUCAGUGCCAGAGCCAAGAUCCUGCUCUGUCCCCUAGUAAUUCGUGGGUACGAAUAGGUGUGACGCUGCCCCAGGUGCACGACAACAGGCAAACCAGAGCUGAUAGACCUUACAAGCAUAUCAGAUUAAUCCUGAGCAAAGAGCAUUUAUAGUUUUGGACCCUGAUUCACCACUGCCUUAUUGCAGCUCACCAGGGGAAUUCAAACCCCUGAAUAUGAGAGUGAGGUGUCCCUGGCACGCUGCUGCAUGAAUAAUGUCACUGAAGACACUGAGCUGCUAGCAGGUGGAGGAAGGGUCUAGACUAACCAGCUGUGGACAUUUUCUGAGUGACAGGAGAGAGAGGAAUUACCCUAAGAUGGAGAAUUUAGUCAGGGUCAAACACAUGUUCCUUCAUCUGCUCAAACAAUUUUGUCAUUCUCUCUGAUAUUUUCAUUAGUAAAGCAGAGCUUUACUUAGGUAGCAUGAAGCUAUUUCCUGUCUGAGCUGAAAUCAGAGUGUAGCCACUGUCACAUUGAGAGCUGAUAAGCAAUGGAACCAAAGGGAUGGAUUUAAAGAAUAAUAGUAGUUAGAAGGGAGUCUCAGCUACUCCACUGGCUUUGGUUCAGGUCCUGUAUCCCGCAGCCUCCUCCAGCAGCCACUGUGCAGAGAGAGGUGAAAGGAACAGACUCGAGGAACUCCUAAGAGGAAAAGAUAACAUUUUUAAUGGUUUCCUGACAAGGGGUAAUUCUCUGACAUUCUCCUGCAUGUGUGAGUGCUGCAGGAGGCUGUCUUCAUUCUGAGCCUUCAGGAAGGUCAAUGUUGUGUUUCCUGUCAGACAGCAAAGGGAUCUCAUCUGCCCUGAUGGAAAAGAUCUCUGGUAAGGAGGGCUCCUCUCCGGAGAGGUUUUUAAAGUUGAGGGUUCACUGCGUAGCUGCUCUGUUUGUAAUAGUACUGCUCUGUGGGUGAAGAGCACCUAUAAAGCUGACAAAGUGACCACUGUGUCAUGACGAGAUUCUCAUCUAUAAAACAAAAGGAUGGGCUUAGCCACCUUCACCUGUCAGGAGAACCAUUCUGCAUUAUUUAUAUAUCUGGCAUAUAAAGUUCAGCACAGACAUGCAAGACUCUCUCUUGGGUGGCUGGCAAAAAUGGCGCAUGAUCAACCAGUCUCCCUUUCACCUCUGCAUGGCCUUCAGAAAACUUGACCAUCCUAGCCCAGCCUCGGCCAGGCAGGUAGGUUGUCCCAUCAGUGAUGGCCCAAGCUACCUCUGCUGCUUUGAAGGCGUGCAACUGAGGCGCUCUCUUAUCUGUGGUAUUCUUUUGUCUGUCCUGUUGGAUCCUUUAACAACCUUUUUCUAGCCUCUUCUGGCCUAAAUCUGUAUCCCCUAGGCACUGGAGCAAUAGGGACAAGGAAACAGAGCCACCAUCAUGUUCAUGCAAGGUGGUCCAGAUAUUUUCCCACUUCAUUUUUUGAGUCAUAUUUUCCUGAAAAACAUUCAACUAGCCUCACUUACAGGGCAGGAGGGACUGACUUCUUGUGUUUGGCUCUGGGUAAACUACCUGUCUGUAGGUCUGUCUCCUCCUUCUUCCUCUGCAGCUUCUUUCUUCCCAUGGUUUGUAUCUGCCACCAGAAAGCAGGCUCAAAAUCCUGAUUUCGUGGAAGACAAUGGGAAGUUUACUGCGUGUCCUCAGUGAGGACACAUUUUUCACUCACUGAAUCACAGAAUCCUACUGAGCAAGGAUUGAAACUGGGAUCAUCAGCAAGUGUGAAGGAAUGGGUCAUAAUGAUCUCAGCGCUGUGGCUGCUCCCUUAUGGGAAAUGCAGUGUGCCAACAGAUCCGAAUCUUUGUCUUCCUCCAGAGUCUACCCAAAGUGAAGAAAACGUAUCACACUCAUCAGCAUGCUGCACGUUCCCUGGGUCUCUGACUGGCUGCUUAGACGUGGACCCCAAAGGAACUUCUUUGUCCUCGUGAUUUCAUUUGUGGUCAGUUUGGAGGUGGGGCUGUUUUUUAACAUCCGUUUGUACAAUGGGGCCCUAUGCAUUGGGCACUAAUUUGGAGGCUUCUGGCUGCUAUUGUAAUACACGUAAUUAAUGAUAAUAAAAAUCUUAAA